AUGCCGUGGUCCGACUUUGCCCCCGCCGAGGACGCGCCGGACCGCGAGCAGCAGGUCGCGCGGCUCUUCACGGCCUGCGAGGCUGGCGACAACGACCGCGCCUUUCUCGUUCUCAAGGCGUGCGAAAAGCAGCGGUACCCUCUGGACGAGAUGGUCAAUGCCAGGACGCCCGACGGAGCCACGCCGCUCUUCUACGCAGCAAAGGGGGGACACGACGUCGUGGUGGAGACGCUGCUCGCCACCGGGCAGUGCGUCGUCAACGCCGCCACCGCAGCGGGCUUCACCCCCCUCUUCAUCGCGGCGCUGCGGGGGAGGGCUGGCGCCGUGGGCGUGCUCCUGAAUGAAUACGGGGUCGCGGUGAACCAGCCGGCGAAGGAUGGGCGCACCGCCCUCUACGCGGCGUGCGAGGCUGGCUGCGUGAAGUCCUGCCGCCUCCUGCUCAAGGCGGGGGCUCAGCCCGACGAGAAGGGGUGGACCGAGGAGGACCUGGACGCGCCCGUGCUUGUGCCGCCCUGA